AUGCCACUGUGUACAGUGCUUCGACAAAAAACACAAGUGCCCACUGAUAAUUCCAAAAAGUUGAAUAUUCGCGAUUCAAAUACGAUUUUAAAUACGCAUUCAUCAUUCGUAUAUGGUAGUACUGAUGCUGACUAUAGGAUUAAGCAGAGACUCGAAGCGUCAAGGCAGGGAAUAUUGCAGUUAGAGACACUUCGAUGCAAACACCAAAAACUCAUGGAGGAAAUCCGUAUUCACCUGCCUUCAACUGGACAAAGAGGUUACAGUGAGGACAAAUCAAGAGAAAAGGAAAUGAAUCGAGAAAUUUUUUUGGAGACAAAAUUGGAUGAACUAAGAUGCGAGAGCCCGAUGAGUUCUUGUGUCAGUCAUCGUUCAUCAGUAAGUAUGGACUCUGGAUGUGUAUCGAUGUCAUCCGAUCGAAGCAGUCAUUCUCCAAUGUCUUAUGGCGCAUACCGUAAAAUUUCACUUGGAGAGAUGUGCAAAAGACCAGAAUACAGCAUUACACUACAAGAUGAAAAUCAACGCAUCGUGGCAACAGCAAUUGAAAGUACAACUGCACUUCGUUGUCUCAGACAGAAACCCAGUGUGAUGAAUUAUGAACACACAGCUUCCGCGUGCACAAAUAGUUCUGAUGACGAUCCCGCUUUACUUGACUCAACUUCAUUUGCGCAACUUACUCCACCGCCACUUCAUCGUAAGCCUGUUACAGUUGCCAGAGCCGAAACACUUAAGAUUAAUCGACCAUGUUAUUUUGCACGUCAUGUGAAUUCUUCUCGUUCCGCUGCUAGAGACCAAGCAGUUAGCAUAUCUCACUUUGUUAAUAGAUCUCCACUUUCUCAGUCAAGAAUUUUGAAUGAAAUUCCGCCAAUUCAAAACGGUUCGCCAAAUCUUCGUGUCAGAAAUUCGCAAAAAACACAGCAAACUACUACCAGUCAGAUAAAACAAGAACCACAGACAUAUUAUGCAAGUCGUGUUUUUGUCGAUCGAUCACCUCGCAAUAGUCGGCCAAGACCAAAAUCAAUGUUUUUGAGCGAUUUCAACGAGGCGCAGGAAGAUGGUCAUCACAUUGCUUUACCAGCUAUCGUCCUAAGCAGGUGA